AAAUACGACAAAGCGUACAAUAAUGUUAUCAACUUGACUCGUGGAUUAUCAGAGGAAGAGAGUCACCAUGAGUUGAACAAAGCCCUUGAUGAUCGGAAGGCCCAUGAUGAACUGUGUCUUGGUCUCUUAGUUAGCAUUCUAGCAGAUCCUUCAGCUGCAUCUAGGCAUUACCAUGACCUCACACUCGUUUCGAGAGACUCAUUGAAAAUAGUAACCGAGACCCUAAUACAUCAAAUAAUUGGUGAGCGUUUCUCAAGGUUAUCAGACAAUACUAGGAGACAGCUCUUGUGGUUGGUGAGGGAACUUGUCAAGACUGGCAUUAAUAAUGUUGAAGGAGUUGUUUGGUGCCUUUUACGACAAAUUGCAGGUGGAGAUGUGUCUCAGAGAAAUGUUUGGUUAGCAGAGAGCCUUGUUGACAUUCUUAGAGAAAACAGGCCAUGGCUGGACAAAUUUCCAAUUAUUGUUGCUUCAGUAGCUUAUACAUAUCUCCGCAUCCUGGAGGACCACCAUGGCCCACAAUUUGCAAGCCUAAGACAAAAGGAGGUUCUAUUUGUUGUUGGCCUCUUGAGGGAGCGGUUUCAGGAUUGCCUGAUGAUUGGGAGAGACUUGGUUCGCCUCUUACAAAAUGUAGCGAAGAUUCCUGAAAUUGAGGCAUUGUGGCGGGACAACGAUCAGAACCCGACACAAACAUUCUACUGAUGUCUUGCUUUAUUUGCAGGUGUUCUUCAACUUCUGCAAAUGCGGACGUCUCGUCGAUUUUUCGUGGUGAGGUUGACACCAGAAAUGGAGAAGAAAAUGGUCUUUUUAUGUACAGAUGUAAAGUUUGGAAUGCAGAAAAGAUAUCAAGAAUGGUUCCAGAAACAGUACCUGAACACCCCUGAAAGUCAGACGUUGCGGUGUGAUCUCAUCCGAUUCAUCAUUGGUUGUAUCCACCCAACCAAUGAAGUAUUGUGCUCAGAUAUUAUUCCACGCUGGGCUGUGAUAGGCUGGCUACUCUCCUCGUGUACAUCUCCAGUUGCCACUGCCAAUUGUAAAUUGGCUCUGUUUUAUGACUGGCUUGUGUACAACACUGAAACUGACAACAUCAUGAAUAUUGAACCGGGCAUUUUAGUUAUGUACCAUUCCAUGCGGCCUCAUCCUGUUCUUACUACCUCUCUUCUCGACUUCAUUUGCAGGAUAAUUCCACAUUUUCAUCCACCUCUUGCUGACAAAAUACGUGCUGGUGUACAUAAUUCUCUUCGCAAAUCUUGAAAACGGGUUUUUAUUCAGGCAUUAGAACCCCUCUUUGAUAACCCUCGCAUGGAUGUGGAGUUAAGAAAACUAAUAAGAGAAACAUUCCCAGAAUUCUGCUCGUCAUCGACUGUCACAGACAUUAAACCCGAGGAUUGUUUCGUCGGUGCCACUACUUCAGUUACUAGGAUGGACUUGAUGCUUGAAACUGGGUUAGAUUUCACCACACCAUCGGUCACUGAGAGUGUUGUAAAUAGUAAUAAUCAUAGUGAAGAUGAUGGGGAUGCCAUGUUUAGUGACGAAGAGGAGGAAGUCCCAGCUCCAAAGGUUUCGGUUCCUGUGCCUACUAAAGUAGAAGAGACAUCAUUGACUAGCACAUUACCGGUGGGGGAUGUGAAAAAAGUGUUAACCAGUGUAGGGCAAGAGGAAAAAGUGGACUUGAGUAAACACUUGGAGUUUCUUGAAACAGACAUGAGAAAUAUUAUAAUAGAUUUGCAAAAUGAAACGGACACACAGCAAAGAUGUUAUCUUCUGCAAAAGGUGUGUGAUUUGAUAUUGAGUGAAGACCUUGAUCAAGAUGAGGCUUUAAAUCUAGCCUCUUGCCUUUGUCAUCUUUUAGCUAGUGAUUUGAGUCCAGGUACCUCACUGCUUCCCCAGGACAUCACAUCUGAGAGUAUACAAGAGAGUUUAGGAAGACCUUUGUAUGUUCUUUUCGACAACUUGAUCACCCUUCCUGAAGAUGACCAUCGAAGACAGCCAUUGUUGCAACUAUUGGUGGAGAUGCACAAAAUAAAUAAUCACGUUGGGUAUAUUUUUCUUUACUUUUUAAAAGCCUCAACAGUCAAGGCAGAUAAAGAAGAUGAAAAGGAUGACAAAACGUUUUUAACCUAUCGUGAUCUCUGUAAAGCUUCUGGAUUGAAAGACUUUGCUGGCUUUAUAAUAAGAGAUUUAACGUGUUGUAGUGAAAAUGACAGUCGUGUUUUAAGUUGGAUAAUUCCAGACAUAUAUAAUAGCUUUCCUAAACAGACAAGAGGAAACACUGAAAUCUUGCAAAUUGUGAUUGAAAGACUAGAUUCCACUCAGUUGCAUGACCUUGUGUGUAUGGUCUUACAAGGAUCCCUUCAGAUGUUCGAUAACAGUGCAUUUGCAAAUAUUUUAGAAAAGAGCUUGCAGUGGGAGACAGUGGAACAACUUUUUCUAUGGCAACUGGCAAAAGCCCAUGAAAUACCUGUUGAUUGUUGCCUUUCUGUGAUGCCAAAGCUCAAAUUUACCUCUCAUUCAGCUACAGUCAAUAAUACACAUGGAGAAGCACUUUCUAAUAUUCUCAUGAUGCUGCGUCGUGAAUCCCCUUCGGAGAUUCUCUUAAGAACACUGUUAUUGAGAGAAUUUAGAGUGGAAGACCCUACAGUGGCAACUAUUCUACAGUAUUGGGUGCAGCGUUAUGAAGAUAAAAUGGCUAAGUUAAUCAAUGACGUUGUCAAUAACAAACCCCAGCCUUCUCCGAACAAAAGAAAACGUAAUCAGAUUGGUAAAUCUUGUAGUGUUCCGUUAGACCAAGUGCUCUCACAUUUAAACCACCUAAGAACAGCCUGUGGUCAGACAACAUUUUUUGCCUUACAAACAAUGCAAGAUGCUUUACAAACUGCUCAGAAUCAGUGCAGUGAAAUACAAAAAAAGAAAUAUAGUGAUCUGUUUGCGUUGAUAGAAGAAGAGGAAGAAGAAGAGCCAGCGCCAGAACCGCCAAGAAAACCCAAGUCGAAUAGAGGCAGAAAACCCAAGAGCCGCAAAAAACUGGAGUCGGAAAGUGAAGAAGAAAGUAGUGAGGGAGAAGAUGUCAAAAAGCCAGCAAGAAAACGAAAGAAAAAUAAUCAAGUUGGCUCUGACAGCGACUAACGAAAGUUGUGGGAGUUAUAGCCUCCGGGAACAAAACCCAGCACUCUUCAUCUGUGAUGUUAUACAGUGUACUGUAUAGAAGUAGCCUUAAUUUUUCUCCUUAUUUUUGUGUGAGCGCGUGUGUGUGUGCGUGCAGUGAGAGUAUCAUUAAAUAUCUCUCUAGGAGACUUGGCUUUUUGAACAUUAAAGCCCAUGUACCAAUCUGUGGACACUAUAACUUUCUCAGGCAAAGUGAGCAGUUUUUAACACAAAUUUUGUUAAUGACUGUAUGUGCUGCAGCAUCGGUGCGCAAGUGAACGAAGUGAUUAUUGGUUUUGAGAGCUAAUCAAGAAAAGAAUCAUUGUCAAAGGGGGAGGGGAAGAAUUGUGAGCACAUGGAACUUGCAUAUCAAAAGGUGAUAAAAGGAAGAAAUAGUUGUUAUGCAGUCAUGGAUCAGUUUUGUUGUUAUUUGAACUUUCCGGCCAAAGAAUCUUCCUCUGUCAGAUGUGUUUUAAUGAAUUUGUUAUGUUUUUGAAAAUGAUUAUCAUUAUUGGUUUCAGUUACAUUCACUUUUUAUUGUAUUUGUGGCAUGUUCAGUAUCCAGUUGCUACAUAUGCAGGAAAUGAUAAUGUGUAAGUAUCUCCAGGAACCCGGACUUGGUUGAAACACAAAUUAUUUUUGAAAUGAAACACUUAAGAAUCUGGAUAGGUUACCCGUUUCCAAAUUUAUUUUAAUACUAGAGGGAUAACCCUUCUAAAGUUAAUUUUUUGUUUUGACGGCAUGAGCCUUGUAAAUUAUUUUUCCAGGUAAACAAGGACUACUGUAAUAUUGACCUAACUAGUAAUAUGCGUGUGUUUUUCCUCCCAUAUUACUGUCUGUGGUGUACAGAAAGUAAAUUAUGAAAUGAGCAUUGAAAUUCUUUUCAAGUUGAUUGUUCAACUGAUACAAAUUUGCUCAAAAUAUCAGGUAAUCACAGUGAUCAUAUUGAUUCACUGUAUUACAUUACAUAGUAGCUAUGUUAUUAAGAGCUAUAUUUUAAAUCUGGACCUUGCAUAUUUAUGGUAUAAUUCUUUUUCACAAAAUAAGUUUUAUUAUGACAUGAUAGAUUGGUACUGACUUUUAAAGGAUGCAUUCAGUUAAAGUAUGUAUUUUUUAUGAAUUUAUUUUUUUGUAUAGUUUCUCCUGUUGCUCAUCAAUGCCAUUAUUGUGGCAUUUCAUUCCACUCAGAAACAUGAAGCAAAAGUGCCAUUGCAUCAUUUCAUCAACAGAUAUUUGCAAAACCAUGAGCCUCAAAAAUUGGCAGUUCACAUUUAUAUUCAUUACGUAUUUGAGCUUUGGUUCAAAACCCAAACCCUCACUCUUAUUAUUAAAAGGAUCUAUUCCUUUGUUUUAAUAGAAGUUUUAUUAUAAUUGAACAUUUGCAGCACAAAUGUUUAAUAAGAAAGUGUUAGACUUCCUGUUUACACCACCGAUACAGUAGCUGAACACAAGUGGUUUUUUGAUGAGGAGUGUCAGAACGUAGACUGAAAUAUUGAAGACGUGUAGACAUUGCCUUACUGCUGUCUGUUUAUACAACAAACACUCUAUUCUUUGUUAAGAUAGCCAAACCCAAAACCAGUUUUAGAUGUGCUAAAAAGAAAUUUAUAUAAGAUUAUUAAUAAAAUAUGAAGUUAA